AUGGACGGUCCAGUGACGAACAGCACGGGUUUCGGUGUCCCAUUGGAAGGCGAGAGUCUGAAGCACUUUCCACGGACGGUCACCAUCGUCGCGGCUGCAUGCGCGGUCGUUUUCAGCGUCGUUGGAGUCGCGGGUAAUCUAGUGACAGUAGUAGCGCUGUUAAAGUACACAAGACUGAGGCGACACGCCACCACCGCUUUCGUGAUAAGCCUUAGCAUAUCAGAUCUGAUAUUUUCCGCGGUGAAUUUGCCCUUAACCGCGAGCAGAUAUUUAAACGAGGCGUGGGUGCUCGGCGAGACACUGUGCAAAAUAUUCCCGUUGUUCUUUUACGGGAACGUGGCAGUAUCUUUGCUCAGUAUGGUGGCAAUUACGAUCAAUCGAUACAUAUUGAUCUCAAGAUCGGAUAUAUACGCGCAACUCUACACUACCCAGCGAAUAAUCCUAAUGUUGAUCAUCAUCUGGACCCUAAGCUUCUCCUUACUGUUACCGCCGUUGCUCGGUUUUUGGGGAACUUUAGGCCUAGAACCGACCACCUUCUCGUGCACGAUCCUGAAGAAGCACGGUUCCAGCCCGAAGAAAUUCCUUUUCGUUCUAGGAUUCAUCGUGCCCUGCGUAGUGAUAAGCGUCUCCUACCUGUGCAUUUACUGGCGCGUGAGGAAAAGCAGAAAGAAUCUCGAAGCUCACGCGGGUGUUUCACGUCGAAAAGCAGGCGGUUUCCAACGUAGAGAGGACUCACGAGUCACCAGAAUGAUGUUAACCAUAUUCCUUUGUUUCCUCCUGUGUUUCAUGCCGUUGAUGUUGGUGAACGUGACCGACGACAAGAUCAAAAUCCCGAUAGCGCACGUGAUCGCCUCGAUAUUGGCAUGGGCGUCCUCUGUGAUCAAUCCGUUUAUUUAUGCGGGCACGAAUAAACUCUAUAGAGAAGCGUACAAGCAGAUUUUGUGCCCAGUUUCCAGCAAAACACCGACCACCGGUCCGAAACCGACGAAUUCCCACUCGAGUAAAGUCUCGUCACCACAGGCGACAUGA